AUGACCAUCCGUUUGGCGUUUUUAAGCAAAUUCUUCUGCUUGAAUAGGGAGCAAAAUACAGCUAUGUACACCAGGAAGUUACCUACAUUCCUUUAUUUUGUUACAAACUUUACUGUCAUAAAACGGGUUUUUACACCAAUUUGCAACUUCUGGCAUUUGUUCAAUAUUCAUCGAAACACAUUGUGGAACAAAACCAAAGAGAUAAAACGUUCGACCACCUCAAACUCAGAGACAGUCAAACCUAAAAGACAGCAUGGGGGUCAACCUAUUUUUACAAAAGAAGAAGAGGAUACAUUCGUUGCUCAUUCCAUUGCAAUGGCAUCUUACGGUUUCCCAAUGACAUUACUUGAUUUGCGCUGUGUCGUCAAAUCAUAUCUAGAUCGAACCGGAAGAAAAGUUCCCGUGUUUGGAAAUGGAAACUUUCCUGGGAGAGAGUGGGCCAUGUCAUUUAUGAAGCGGCAUAAGUAUGUUCUCUCCGAACGUGUCGCCAAAAAUAUCACAUAUGCAAGAGCUGCGACUGAUACUGAAGUGAUUGACUCAUAUUUUGAGCAUUUAGAGAAGGAGUUAGAGGGUAUUCCGCCAGAAAAAAUUUGGAAUUACGACGAAACGAAUGUCCAGGACGAUCCGGGAAGCAAAAAAGUGUUGGUCAGAAGAGGAGCAAAAUAUCCAGAGCGGAUACAAAAUUGUUUCAAAGCGUGUACUUCGAUUAUGGUCUGUGGGAACGCCGCAGGACAGUUGGCUCCACUAUACGUAAAUUACAAGGCCGAGAACAUGUGGUCGACCUGGACCGAAAAUGGACCUGAAGGUGCCCGCUACAAUCGUACUAAAUCUGGAUGGUUUGAUCACCAAGUGUUUGAGGACUGGUUCAUCAAUCUUAUGCUCCCCAUACUGAAACAACAAGAUGGCCAAAAAGUUCUUAUUGGCGAUAAUUUGAGUUCGCAUAUUAACCUAGAGGUUAUUCGACUCUGCGAAAAGUAUGGGAUAAAAUUUAUCGCACUCCCACCAAAUGCGACACAUCUACUGCAACCGCUAGAUGUUGCCAUAUUCAGAGUUCUAAAACUGAUUUGGCGUGAAAUUUUGUCAGAUUGGAAGCAAUCGACAUCUGGUAGCCGGUGCACAUCAGUUCCAAAAGAUGAACUGCCUGGUCUGUUAAAGAAAAUGAUGGACAAGCUGCAGGAGAACAUCACAAAAAAUCUCCAGUCAGGAUUUAGGAAGACUGGGAUUUUUCCGCUUAACAAAAUGGAAGUCCUCCAAAGACUCCCGAAGGCCGUCUUGGAAGAGAGCCUACAGUCCUUAUCAGGAGUGGUUGGUGAGAUCUUCAUAGAAGAACUGCAGAAGAAGAGAGAAGAGAGAAGAGGUUACAGGAUGCCGGGCCCCCAAGAGAAGGAGAAGGCUCACUGUUCCAGCAGGCAGAAGUAUCUCCAGUGCCGAAAUCGAAGCCAGUAG